AUGACAUCUUCACUCACCAACCUCUCGCUCUACGCAGUCCCAGCCUACUGGAUCCUCUGCCUCGUCCCUCACAACUACGCCAUCGCCAUAAUGACAAAAGCCAACAACGGCUACUGGGACAAUACGAACCCGCGCUCGUCCGUCUGGGAUGCCAAACUGAAGCAAUCCGUGCCCGCCGAAGCAUUCGGCCGCUACGAGCGCGCCGAGGCGGCCAUGAAGAACGGAUUCGAGAACUUCCCCAUCUUCGUGGGCGCCAUCUUAGCUGGGAACAUGGCUAGGCUGGAUAGUCAGACGCUCAAUGGCUUUGUGGGGACGUAUCUGGCAAUGCGGGUCUUGUAUACUGUGGUGUAUGUCAAGGUCACGAGGAAUACGUACAGUUUUGCGAGGACGGCUAUUUGGGGCGUGAGUACGCUGUUGUGUAUGGGGAUUUAUGUGAAGAGUGGACUUGCCCUUAAUUCAGCCUAG